UGUCCAAUCCACUGAGUCAAAGGCUUUCAUCAAAUCAAUCUUCAUUGUACACCUUGGGGAAAUGUUCUUCUUACUAUAACCAUUGACUAACUCUGCUGCCAAUAGGAUAUUAUCACUGAUACUCCUCCCCUGUACAAAGGCAGACUGGUUUUUGCUUAUCAAACAGGGGAGAACACUUGCUAACCUAUUGGCCAAUAUCUUGGCAAUGCAUUUAUAGAGUACAUUACAACAAGAUAUUGGUCUAAACAACCUCAUAUGAUCUGCAUUCUCAGUUUUGGGAAUCAGAGUCAGUAUAGUAGAGUUUACUUCUCUAGGCAUAACACCAUUAAGAAAUUGAUAGCCCCACACACUCCUGUCCCACCACAUCCCAAGCAGCUCUAUAGAAAUCGACUGGAAAACCAUCAAGGCCAGGGGCUUUGUUUAAGCUCAUACCAAACUUAGCCUCCUUUAUUUCUUUUGCUGAGACUGGUUUACAUAGAUUACCUGCUUCUGAAUCUGGAAGAUGAUGGAAGAGUAAAUUCCUGAGUUCGUCAAUAGGUAACUCCUUCACUUCUUCAUUUCUUUUUCCAAGCAAAUUUUGAUAAAACUCUACUGCCAUUGCCCCUAUUUCUUCAAUAUCUGUAACCUCAGUCCCAUCAUCCUUCUUGAGUAAAGAAAUCUUAUUUCAGUGCUGCCUUAUUUUCAAAGACUCAUGGAAAUACCCUGUAUUAAGAUCCCCUUCCAUAACUGCCUGUACUCUUGCUUUCUGCUUAUAAAAUGCUUCCUCGGCCCUCUGCAACUCAGUACACUAAAUCAUACAUUGUGCCUCUCUCUCAAAGAUUUCAACUGAAGUUCUAGCUAGAGCAACCUUUUGAACAAUAGCAAGCUCUUUCUCUGCUUCUCGUGUUCUGAGGGAAAUAUCAGCAAAAAAAUCCUUAAUCAAUUCUUUAAGCUUCCGUUUUAGCAUACGAAGUUUCUGACAUACUCUGUAAAACGGAUAACCUGCUACUCUUGUCCCCCAUACUUCCUGCAGAAUGUCUUUGAAUUUAGGGUGCGAACUCCAGAAAGAGAAGUAUUUAAAUGGUUUGGGAAGUGACUUUUGCUGGGGAGAAGACUCAACCAUUAACCCACAAUGAUCUGAAACUGUUCCUCCAUUAACAAAAAUUAUGUCAAUCCUUCUUGCAAUUGGAUUCCUAGCCUGCUUAUUAACCCAUGUAUACUUUUCACCCAGAGUUUUAUGCUCUGUGAAUCUCAUCGAGGAAAACUUAUCCUAGUCCAACCAGCAUUUGAUAUUUAGCCUGCUUCAAUGUUAGACUUUCUAACCAGAAUAUUCGAGAAAUUUGUUCUUAAGCAUCCAGGAACAUUGAUCAUUCAUUUAUCUGUGCAGAGAUGUGGGGUUUUCAUGUUUCACAAAUCACUCUGAAUCUAUAGCUUGCAUGAAAAACAUCCCAGAUGUCAUAACAACUCGUGGACAGUGGCACCUAUUGUUUCUGGAUUACUUGGAAACCAAGGACAGCUAGAGCCUUACACUGCAGAAUCUCAGGCAGAUCAAUAGUGUGUUAUUGCUGCUGCUGCUGUUGUUGUUCUUCGUUGUAAAUUGUUGAUCCAAGAUCUUCCAUAUAUAUGGAUGGGAGAAACUUACGAAGUCUUGUAUCUGGCCUUCAGUUAUAGGCAAACACAUUUAUACAAUGGCUACUUGUGGCUGAAUCUGUACAUUCUAGUCUGAUUAUUUUCUUCUUCCAAAAGUGAUCAUAUAAUAACAAUGUGACUAUUGUUAGGCUGAAAUUGAAAGAAAAGGUUCUUAUUACUCAUUGGAGUCCCUUUUGACCUCCCAUUCCUCUUCCUUAGAUUUGGUUGCUGCUGUUAUUCUGAGAAAUUUACACGCAUUAGCUCCAUAUUCCUUGGAUCUUUAACGCAAAACUUGUACAAUACUGGGAGGUUUGAGUGAGCAUGAGCCGAGAGGAUGUUUUGUGCGCUUCCAGAGGCUAUAGUCUCCGUAAAAGAAACAAUAGUAUUACCACCGGACUAAACCCUUAUCCGCAUUACCACACCUUAGUUUACCCUUUGCACAUACAAGAAACAUUGUUGGCGCUGGUCAUGGGCCGGCUUAGCUUGUCGAGUCAAAUAGAGUAGAGGCUUUGUGCAAAAAAACAUAGGAUACCACUCUCCACUCCACAAGUGUUAUCAUCAAACUCCAAACAAACAACGACGAAGUGAUUGCAUCUGACCUUUGCAACGAAUGAAUCUACGCCUACGGCCGUCCAUGCAGCCGGCCAGUGAUUCUAGCUCAAAUUCUACCUAUCGGCCAGUUUAUAUUGUGUACAUGGGUGAGCUUCCAAAGAAACUUGGUCCAUUCUCCACGCAGCAGCUCCAAACCAAUGUGCUGCAAAAAGUUGUUGGCAGCAAUGGAUUGGCUGGUUCUAUGAUCUACAGCUACAGGAGGAGCUUCAGUGGCUUUGCUGCCAUGCUAACAAGUGAUCAAGUCAAGACGCUGGCUGGGAUGGAGGGAGUGGUUUCAGUCUUCCCUAGUCGGAAGAAGAAGCUCCACACUACAAGAUCAUGGACCUACGUCGGGCUACCUGAGAACAACGCCGAGAGAAGAACAAAUGUCGAGAGUGACAUCGUGAUCGGAGUUAUCGACACCGGAAUUUGGCCCGAAUCCGAAAGCUUCAACGACACCGGAUUCGGCCCACCACCCUCUAAAUGGAAAGGCACAUGUACAUCGGCCGCCAAUUUCACUUGCAACAACAAGAUAAUCGGGGCACGACACUACAGAAAAGUAAGGUCGUACCCCGAGAACGAUGUCCAGUCACCUAGGGACAUAGACGGCCAUGGAACCCACACGGCUUCCACGGCCGCAGGGAACCUAGUCCCCCAUGCGAGCAUGGAUGGACUAGGUUCGGGUUCUGCCCGAGGAGGGGUGCCAUCGGCUCGAAUCGCGGUCUACAAAGUGUGUUGGACCGACGGGUGCUACGACGCGGACAUACUCGCGGCGUUCGACGAUGCCAUUGCGGAUGGAGUGGACAUCAUCUCCUUCUCCGUCGGCAGUGAGACACCGGACGCUUUCUUCGAUGACACCACCGCCAUUGGAGCUUACCAUGCGAUGAAGAAUGGGGUGUUGACGUCGGCUUCGGCCGGCAAUGAGGGUCCUUCCGCCGGGACGGUCAACAAUGCCGCCCCUUGGAUUCUCACCGUGGCUGCUAGCACCACUGAUAGGAAGUAUGUCACGCAAGUUCGGUUUGGGAAUGGAGAAACGUUUGAGGGCACUUCCAUAAACACAAUUGAUCUCAACAAUACUAUGUACCCUCUUGUCUAUGGUGGGAAUGCCCCAAACACCACCGGAAACAUCAGCGUGUAUCGAGCCAGAUUAUGCAGACAAGGCUCUUUGAACCCUAGCCUAGUACAAGGAAGCAUUGUGCUAUGUGACGCUUAUAACGAUGGAAUUGGUCCUUCAUCGGCUGGAGCUAUAGGCUCUAUAAUGCUAAACGAUGAUCCAUCAUCAGAACCGGAGGUUUCCUUCAGCUAUCCUCUGCCAACGUCCUACCUUCAAGGAUCCGAAGCUGCUGAAUAUGCGAUGAAAACAAGAAAUGCAUCUGCGACCAUCUCCAAGAGCAUUGAAGUGAAGCGCAGAACUGCACCAUUGAUACCAUACUUCUCAUCCAGAGGGCCAAAUGUUAUAAACUCCAACAUUCUCAAGCCAGACAUUGCAGCUCCUGGUGUGGACAUAUUGGCAGCUUGGUCCCCAGCAACCACAGCAACAAGCGAGGAAGGGGAUGAAAGAGUCGUCAAGUACAACAUCAGAUUCGGAACUUCCAUGGCUUGCCCACAUGCCACUGGUGCAGCAGCUUACAUCAAAUCAUUUCACCCUUCAUGGUCUCCUGCUGCCAUUAGAUCUGCUCUAAUGACGACAGCUUCCCCCAUGAACCCUGCCAACAACCGUGAUGCAGAGUUUGCGUACGGAUCAGGGCUCAUAAACCUCACCAGAUGCAACGAUCCAGGGCUGGUGUACGAUGCAGGAGAGCAAGAUUACAUCAAGUUCAUGUGUGGCCAAGACUACACUGCUGCUCAAAUCAAGCUGAUAACCAGCCAAGAUGUGGACUGCUCUAAUGUGGGAGAGACCUUUGCUUGGGACCUAAACUACCCUUCAUUCAUUUUGCCUGGUGAGGUUGGCAAGAAUGUGACUAGGGUUUUCCAGAGGAGCGUGACCAAUGUUGGGACGGCGGGAGUGGCUAGUUACAGGGCGGUUUUGAGGGCUCCAGGAGAGCUUGUUGUUAGAGUUGAGCCAGAGGUUUUGAGGUUUAGCUCUGUUGGGGAAACCAAGAGGUUCAAUGUUACUGUGACUGCAAGGGUUGGAUCAAGUGGUGUGGUGUCUGGUGCUCUGGUUUGGAGUGAUGGGUCUCAUCAAGUGAGAAGUCCUAUUGUUGCUCACACAUUGUAGAGGUUGUUGAAACAGAUGGUGGAACAUUGAUCAAUAUGUGGAUUUGAAUUAAGGAUGUUUGGGUAAAUUUUUUAACUAAUUUAUUGCCCCGUCAAUUCCCUACACUGAUUCAUUUUGGUUUGGUUAGUUAAAUUUUACACUUUUUUUUUACUCGAGUUUUGCAGUGGUAAUAAACUAAUUAUAAUUAAACUUCAAAUAAUUUACAAAAUAGUAAGAUUGAGAUACCUCCAUAACCUUUAGGUAAUGCCUUAAUUAUUAAGAAAGACAUACAACACUUUUUUUUUAAGUGAUAUAUAAAAAAUAACAAUUUUUCAUAAACUUUUCAUAGUGUU